CUCCAUUAGGCCAUGCACGUUGGUGCCUCGACGCUCGAGAGCUGUUGACACAACGUGAUAUCUGAUGCAAUAUUAAUGUUAAUUUAAAGCGAACGGUGCAUCUGUCCCAUUAAUUAUUGACACGGCCGGUUGUAUGUAGAAAUAACAGGUUAUAAUGGACAGAGAAGAAAUAUGUCAAUAUUUCAACAGCAUUAUAAAAAAUGAGAAGGAUGUUUCUGCCGGUAUGGCUGCCAUUCGUACUUUGUUGAAAGUAUUGAAACAUUCUAAAUCAGAGACAGUUCAGGAGCUCCGGAUUUGCUUACAACAUGCAAUCGACGCUAUGCGCUCCACGGAAACUCCAGUCACCGCGAUUGCCUCAGGAAGUGAAUUGUUCCUCCGUUUUAUCACGUUAGCAACAUUGGAUACACACUCAAUCGCAGAAUGCAAAGGAAUCAUGCUAGAAAGAGGCAAAGUAUUUUACGAGAAAUUGGUUGCAGCGCGAGGAAAAGUAGCCAAGGUAGCAGCACACUUUAUUACUGAUGGCUCGACUAUACUCACGCAUUCCAAAUCAAGAGUAGUGUUGCAAGCAAUGAAGGAAGCUGCUGCGAGUAAUAAAAUAUUUCAAGUAUACGUCACGUCAACAUCACCUGACAAUAAUGGAGAGGAGAUGUGCCAGAGUUUAACAAAAUUAGGCAUAUCGUGUACAGUGAUACUGGAUUCUGCGGUGGGAUACGUGAUGGAGCGCGUAGAUAUGGUCAUGGUUGGAGCGGAAGGUGUUGCAGAAAGCGGUGGUGUAAUCAAUAAGAUAGGUACAUAUACAAUGGCUAUAUGCGCGAAAGAGGUGAAAAAACCAUUUUAUGUAUUGACGGAAAGCUUCAAAUUUGCGAGAAUCUAUCCUUUGAAUCAAGUAGAUUUACCUGACGAAUUUAAGUAUACAUCUAGUACUCUAAACAAGAAUUUGAAAAAGGAACAUCCCUUGGUUGAUUAUACUCCACCUCAUUAUAUCAGUCUGUUGUUCACGGAUUUAGGAAUUCUAACGCCAUCGGCUGUUAGUGACGAACUCAUUAAAUUAUACUUGUAAUUUGGAGAAUUUGUCAAGUGGUGAGUUUUCUAAAUUCCGCGAGUAUCAUAAUACAAUGUGAGAACAUUAUAUGAAUUAUGUUUAAGUUUCGUCUGCCUGAAAGUGUAAAGACUAAGAAGUGUGGAAACGUUGAACUUUUGUAAAAGACUGUAUAUAUAAUCUUUAUUAAUUUAUUAUACAGCAAUAUUGAGUAUUUAUAUGUGGAAACAAGAUAAAUGUCUUUCAUAUAAUUACACGUAAAAUGUAACAAGUAAUAAAGUGUCUAUACGAGGGUUACAUUAUGUUAAAAUAUAUUAAAAUGAAUUUCUUCAUAAUGGAGUCUUAUAUAAUUUACACACAUAAACUGCUCAUAAUUUCGUGCAAUGUGUAACACGGUGUGUCAUUCGAACAAGAAACAGAACGUCUAAAAUACAAGAAUAUUGAAUUAUUAACUUUGGAAGAGCGUUAAAAACGUUAUAGCCGUUUAAAUUUUAUACAUUUAAAUUACAAAUGGACACAUGCAUUUACAUUUCAUUUUCAUCAUGAUUAUAUAUUACACAGUAAUUUAUGAAUAUAAGAUUAUUAUCAGAGAAA